AUGGGCAAUUUCUUCAACACUAGAGGUCCUAUUAGGCCUUAGAACUUGGUAACGAACAUGGACCCAGCUCAAGCAUAAAGAAGCAACAGCAAUAAUGUGAGAAUACCUCAGGCAAGGGAUUUCAUUAGAAAUGAUCAAAAUUUACUGGGCCAGGCUCAGCUGAAUUAACAGUAGUUGAAUCCUAAUCAGUAGUAAAUGCUGAUAGAGAUGCUAAGAAACUCAGGGGAAUUGCAGAGAGAUCAGGAUUUCGAGUACGGGAUUGAAGAAGAUGAUCAGAGUUAUGGAGGGGAAGAUGAGGAACAAGAUGGAGGUCAUAGAAUCCAGUAUACAUACCAAGAGCAAAUGUAAAUCUUAGUGGAGCUUUAAAAAGAGGGCUAGAGAAACCCAGAAUUCCUAAAAGUGCUCGAUAUUCUUUAAAAAGACGAUGAACUCAGACCUUUGAUCUUCGAGCAUGAUAUUCUGCUGAGAGCUCUGAGAGACAUGGAUAACAUCAAAGCUGAAAUCAUGUUGAGCAUCUUGACUGCAGCUGAGACAGAGAUGUAUGAGAAUUCUAGACAAAGAGAUGAACUGUAGGCAACUAACACAUAGUACAGAAACCACAAACCUGAGACCAAAGAAGUAGCCAUAGCUCCCAUUUAGUCACUUGCUAUAACACAGGACAACUCCUAAGCAAUCAGUGAUAUGAUGGAGCAGUCCUAGAAGGCAAAAGAUGAAAUCUAGAAGCUGAGACACGAACUAGCCUAACUUGAGCAUCAGAAUAUGGACUUGACUUAGGAACUCAAACAAGAAAAGGAACUUAGAAUAAACUAGGAGAGAGAACAAGAAUGCACCUUCAAGAAUCUUUAUGAGGAAAACCAGCAGCUCAAGAAACUCAAUGAAACUCUGAAGAAGAAUGAGACUGAAACCAAGAUUGCUUUGGAAUCUAGAGAAAGGUAGCAUAAGGAGGAAAUUGAGCAAAUCAAGUCAAAACUUAAGCAGUAGGAGGAUAUGAGACUUAGCAUUCUGGAAAAUAAGUCUAAGGUCGAGUUGGAUUUGCAAAAGAAUGAACAACUGAUAGAAAGACUUCAUAAGGAGAUCUAGUUGAUGGAAAAGGACAAUGAGGCAGUCCAUAGAAAGCUCAACUCAACCCUUAACUCAGUAUUGUUCCAAAGCUAGCUUAACCAUAACUUCCUUAAUAAUCUUAACAAAGUUGAUACAAAUAUUAACUUAGGGGAGCAUACUCCUGCCAGGAGAAAUCUUAGUACUAGUUUCCAGCAUUCUGGCAUGCUUGAUCAAAAUCUUAAGAAAGAUUCUUUGAUAGGGUAGCCUGCCUUUGGUUAUGGGCAAUCCACGUAAAAGCUAAAACUGCUGAUGAGUGAGAACAAUAAAUCUUAGGGCACUUAGUCUUUUAUAGCUCAUUCAAUAUACUAUGGACUUGGGCAACUCGGUGGCAAUCAAAACAACAAUCACAUUUACUUCUAAAGAGGAGACUCACUGGUUAGAUCAAAUUCAAUAGAGGUAAUAUUGCUUGAAGAUGAGGAGCAUAAAAAGCAAAAUAUGUUCCCAAUGGGAGAAGAGGAGAAGUAAAACUCAGUAGCUUCUGGAGUACUAACUAAUAAACAAUCAUGGCUUAAGACUAAAGGCCUGUUUAACGACUUAUCACCGAUUAACUCAAUAUCAUCUCAUCAAAUGGAUCACUCUACUUCAAGGUAAAAUUAACAGAGAAUGAGAAGACUGCAAGAGGUAGAGGAGGAGCAGACUGAAAUCUUGGGAACUAACCCAGGCACUGCUACUUACGCUCAUCCAGUCAAGUACUAUGAGGAUCAAAUAAAAAGGAUGUAAUCUGACAUUGAGCGCUACAAGGAUGAAAUAAAGGAGUUGACUACCAAGCUUCACAACACCAAUAAUUUCAUCCUAAAGCAAACAGAUGAGAGUCCAUUCCAUGACACUGACGAGAGACAAAAGAUUUUUGCAACUCCAUAGAAUAAUAACAGCAAUUACAAAUCUAACUAUCCUAGUGCUUUUGGCGAGACGGGUGCUCAUGAGGAGACCAAGUACCAGAGACAGAUCUAGCUAACUAACAAUCAUAACCCAAUGUAUACCAAUGAAUAGUCUCCAAUGAUGGCUACUUUCUCAAACCAAAAAGACAGGCAUUUCUAUUCAUAGUACAAUGUAGACAACAACUAGCACUUUCAAUCAUAGCAGUCAUCAUCAGUGCCAAAAACAUCAGAGUAAGAGAGAAAUUAAAUCAUGAAGGAGGUUAUGCAAAAAUUAGAAAAUGAUUUCUAAUCAAAACUUACAGAUAUCAGAACAAAACUCAUAUCCCUUUUCAAAAAAUUCUUCCCAACUUAGGAGGAACUUAUUCAAUUUAAUACUGAGGACAUAAACGUGUCUCUCUUAAAUAAAAUCAUUACUGAAAUAAUGAUCAAGGUUGACCAGUGUUUGGACCUCCAGCACUCUAGACAGCCAUCGAGCGCAGUAAUGUCCUAAGGUCAUUAGCCAUUUAUCUAUUUUCCAAAUUCUCAGAGCAACAUACCUUUUAAUCAUUAUGGGCCAGGUAGUUAUGGAGGCUAGUGGGCACAUCAUGGUUUGGGCUCACACAUUAACUCUACUACUAUGGAGCAAACUCCAUUUGAAUUGAAGAACCUCUUCCUUGAGGAGAAGGAAAAGAGAUUACUAGUAGUUGAAGAGCUUUAAAAAACUAAUGAGAACUUUAUGCGCUACAAGAAUGAGAACGAGAGACUUAAGCAGGAACUUCAAGCUGAAAAGCAAUAAAACCAGUCAAUGUAGAUGAGCUACGUGGAGCAGAAUACAUUCAACAAUGACUUAUUGCUUAGAAAUUUAAAGAAUGCAGAAAAAAGACUAGAAUUGGUAUCAGACGAGAACACUACUCUUAAACUGAGAAUUGGUGAACUUGAGAGUGAACUUUAUGAUGAAAGAUCAGGAAAGGCUCACAAGGCGGAGUACACUAUCUAGCACAUGCAAUCGACCAUCCAAGGGCAGUUUUAUGAUUAGAAGAUCAAAUUUGAGGAACAGAUUUUCACUCUUAAAUAAGAAGUGCAUAAGGCUACACUAGAGUUGCAAGUCUAAUUUGAGAGAAAUUAAGAACUUAGGGAAAGUGUCUAGUUGCUUAAGGAAAGAAAUCAAGAACUCGAAGGGGAAAACUAUCAGAGCUUCAAGGAGCAUUACAAGCUGUAGUCAGAUUUGGAUUACGAGACACUAAGAGCUUCUUAAUUGACCAAUACUCGAGUGAACCAGAGAGACAAACUACUUUCAACCUUCAAUAAAGAAAGGUCUAAAUUAGAAGACUAAUUAGCCAAAUUUGAAUAGAGAAACAAAGAGCUGUAGUAUCUAGUCAAUGAAUAUGAGUUGAAGGUAAAAAAAGUUGAAGAUAUGAACAUUUUAACUAAGCUGUCAUUCGAGGACGAGAUCAGGAAACUGCAGAUAGAUAACAGAAGAUUGCUAGAUUAGAUUUAGUCGUUGUAAGAUCAGAAUAAGCAAUUAAGAGAGUAUAAUAUCAUUUUGAAGAAUGAAAAGUAGCAAGCAGAGCAAAUACCCUAGCAAGAUAGAAAGAUAAAUGACAAUACAAUAUAGCUUACUCGCUAAAUGGCUUCUUUGAAAAUGAGUAAUAUACUGAAAAGAGGAGACAGUAGAAAGAUUACGAAGGCUUUUAUAAAAUUCAUUGAAAACAAACAUCUGCACUAAUUUUUAGAAAACUCAAAGAUUAACCAAUCUCAGAUGUCUCUGAACAUGUUAAAUGAACCAUAAAAUGCAAAAAUUCUUGAAUUACAAGAAAGACAGUAAAUACUUGAUCAAUAAAACACUAACUUGGUUAAAUUAGCAAGUAAAAUGCUUAGAUAAGCUAACUUAAGAAGACCCAUAAAAGCUAACUUCCAAGGGUUAGUAAGUAGUUAGACAGUCAACUAUAUAAUUUAUGGUCUUAAAAACAAUACUGAAAUCUAUGAGUUAAAUCUUAGCUCUUGCGAGCUAGACGACAAUGAUCUUAUCAGAUUAGUUGAGAUGCUCAAAUUCGAUUAAGGACUAUAGAAUCUUAAACUAUCCUCAAACAGAUUUGCAUAGAUAUAGCCAUUACUAGAACUGGUAUAAACUAAAGCUCAUCAGUUCAAAAUACUAGACAUUUCUUAUUGCCAGAUCAAUGAAAAGAUACUUGAAUUGCUACCAAAGACAAUAAUACAACUAGUAAAUCUGAAGGAGCUAUACAUAUCAGGGAUCAUUAAUUAAUAAUUAGCCUAGUCUAAGGAUAAGGUCAAUAAUUUCUUACAAGCUAUAGUCACUCUGAGAACUCUUAAUGCACUUGAUUUGUCUAAGAAUAAAUUGCUACCUGAUUCAAUAAUAACCUUUUGUAAUAACAUGAAAUUGCUAAGCAACCUUAACUCCUUAGCCUUAAGUUCUAUAUAAAUGAUUGAUGAAUGCUCUUAGGCAGUGUAAUAUAUGAUAACUGCUCUACCUAAUCUCAGGAAAUUGCUAAUUCAGGGUAACAGUCAUAUUAGUGCAAAGGAGUUUGAAGGCAUUUUAAGAGCCAUUAAGAAGGAAGGCUUUAUUGAGGAACUAGACUUAAGUUAAUGUUAAGUAGGCUCCUCUUAGUGCAUUCAAAUACUACUUGAGAUACUCAUUACUAAUAAGAAUAUAACCACUUUAGGACUUAAAAAAGUUCAGCUAAAAGACACAAUGGCUUGCCAUUUGAUUCAGGGUAUUGUAAAUUCUCUCAAUCUUUAAGUACUUAAACUGGACCAGAAUCUAAUAACUCAUAUUUUUGUCGAAAAACUAACGGAAAAUAUGAUUAUAAAUAAACUUUCAAACAAGGACCUAGAAAGAUAAAGAAGUAGAGGAUACUAGAGUAAUCAUAGUUUACUUAAUUAAGACUCAGAUGGUUCAUUCUUAGCAUUGAGUGAGGAAAACUCUCAUUCUAGCUAGCAUAAGUCUGCAAAUCAAGGUCUUCAAUAAAUAUCUCUAAGUUUGAAUAAAAUUGGAGAUAAAGGAGCAAUAGCUAUAUCUAAACUAAUUAGAAUUCCAAAUGAUCACACCAGGCUAUUAAAAGCAGUGUGCUUAGAUGAAUGCGGUAUUACUCAAAUAGGAUUCUAGGCUCUAAGAGAUGCUCUAUAAGAAAGAGGAAAUAUGACUACCUAAUUUAACAAUCUUAGUCAUGUCAAGAUCUCAAUUGAUAGAAAUAACAUUGAGUGA